UUCUAGGACAGAGCUCUCCUCCUGUGGUGAUGAGGGUGGCAGACGUGAGAGCUAGCGGCAAAAGGCAAUGAUGCAAAUCUCCGUUUCUGGAGAUAAAGAACAUUCCACAGAUACACACAAGUAGCACAUGUCUGCAUCCAGAUCAGCACCCUCAGGUGUACCACAGCAUGUCAAUGGUUCUGUUUGCGUCAGUAGUGCGGGUGAGGGACGGGCUCCCCCUCUCCGCUUCCACAGACUAUGAGCAGGACAAAGGGCUCCAAGAGACCAAGAGACAUCUGAAGGGCCUGUCCAAAAAACUCAGCCAGUUCCCCGACCGUUGCACUUUCAAGACUGGCCAGUACAAUGUCAAUUUCACGAGCUCGCUGGGCGUGGGCUACAUGAUGGUGUGCACAGAGAGCUACCCCAACGUCCUGGCCUUCUGCUUCCUAGACGAGCUGCAGAGGGAGUUCAUCGUCACCUAUGACACCAAGCGCACCAACAGCGCCGUGCGGCCCUACUCCUUCAUCGAGUUCGACAACUUCAUCCAGAAGACCAAGCAGCGCUACAACAGCCCGCGCUCGCUCUCCACCAAGAUCAACCUGGCCGACAUGCAGACGGAGAUCAAGCUGAGACCGCCUUACCAGCUCUCCCCCGAGGAACUGGGAUCCGAAAAUGGCUUCUCCCAACACACCCCCUCCAAGUACAAGGGCAUAGCGCCCCACCAGAUGCUUGAGCCGGUGACGUUGGCGGGGGUGGUGUCAUGUGUGCUGAGUUUGCUCUGCACCGGCCUCAACCUGCUGCGCGGGGUCCACGCCAUCGAGAGCAUCCUACAGAACGAGGAUGAGGACUUUAAUUACGUGAUAGCCUUCUUCCUGGGGACGGCAGCCUGUCUGUAUCAGUGUUACCUGUUUGCCUACUACUCCGUGUGGAGGAACAUCAAGUCCUUUCUGGCCUUCGCCCUCAUCUGCCUCUGUAACAUGUACCUGUACGAACUGCGCAACGUGUGGCAGAUCCUCUUCCACGUGACUGUGGGAGCCUUCAUCACGCUGCAGAUCCGCCUGCGACUGCCCCAGGGCAAGGCCCCCGACUACAAUGUCUGACCAGACAUCCUCUGACCCCUACACACGCCGCGCCGCAGACACGCACUCUCCACACUCACACACACGCCGCCCCGGGGCGCCUCUAAGCGACCGGACGGUCAAAAGACCGGAAGGGGGAACGUAGAGGAAGGCUCUCUUUGCCCCCUCCCUGGGUGAACUGGACUGGGAUUCCACAGACGCCCUGGAGGUUAAGCUAAAGCCAUGUGUGUGCUAGUCUUCCCUACGUAAGCUAAGACUGCAGGGCAAAGCCCCUGCGGUUAAAAAAAGAAGCAAAAUGAGCUGCCUCCAGGGCAUUUAGCAUGUUCCGCUUCAUCUCCUCACCAAGAUGGCCAGAGGAGCUGGGAUGUAUGUCAGAUUAAAGUGGUCUGUCUGUUUCUGCUGCCGGGGGGUUUAACAUCCAGAAUAGUGUGCUCAAGCUAGAGAGUCUGGUUGGUAAUUGGAUGGUCAAGACUCGGUUAGUCAGUCUGUGCUGAUGUCAUAGUUGGUCAAGAGCUUGGGUUUUCCUUAUGGACAUAAUGGCCUCAUUAGAUGCACGGAAUACUCCAAAUCAAUGGAAAAAUGAAACAAUCACAUGGUAGCUAUUUAUUUUGUUGUGAUGGUGUUUAAAUUACUGUUAAGUAGACAUCCUUUUUUAGACUGAGAUUUUGAUUAAAUGAUUUCAGAGAAAUAAUACAACUUCAAUGUUACAAAAGCAAAAUGCUAUUUAAUCAGUGGGAGUACUGGACAUGGCCGCCCAUGUUGUCACCAUACCUUCAUUCUCACUUCAGCCAGCAGACUAAACAUGGCUGAGAUAUAGAGGUGAAUAUGCAAGCUUUGGUCAUCAUUAAACACAGGGCGACCCUCUAGAAGCACAUUAAGCUUUAGCCAUGACACUUUCCUUUUUAGUACAUGCCGUAUGUCAUGCAGCUGUCUCUGGUAUGCUCUGCUCUCCACGUUCUCAUUGUCUCUUUCACACACACACAUACACUCUUGAUGGAUAUCUCUCCUCGCUCUUUGAUGUCAUCCCAGGUGCGGUUUGACGUUGCCUUGCAGCAGUGCUGUUAUUUUAUGGGAGAAGCAGCCCUUUCCAGCCCUGAUCAAGGGGCUGUUUCAUCAUGCUUGGGGCACUGCAGGUUAUGGUUACAAUUGUUUGCUUACAAACUGUUAUGUUUUGAACCCAUUGUAUUAGGCUAUUUAUGAUUUUUUUUUUCCAUUGUUUCAGUUGUAUUCAUCCAGUUUGUUGUUUUUGGUCGGCUGGAUGAUUGUCGCAUAAGUAUAUGCUGUCUGUUCAAGAUGAUCUGUAAACAUAAAUGAACAGAAGCCUCUGAAGUUUUCUGGGUGUGGUGUCCUGUGUAUUCACUAGUGGCAAGAACAACAGGGUGCAACGACUCGGCAUGAUUAUAACUUCAGAUAAAAAGCAUUGCAUUGCACAUCUAACAGCUGGUGUGAUAUUGAAGUUGGCUGGGCUGUCGCACAGCUAUUGAUUGUAAGAGUCACAUUUAUGUUCUCAGACUCUGGGGAAAAAAAGAAAUCUGGUAAUCAGCAUGGGUCAAAUCCACAACUUGAAAAUAAUUGUGUAUUUUCCCCUAAAUUAUUCUGUGAGAAAGCUUUGAUCAGCUUUGGAAAAAGUCUGGUAUAUUCCCAGACACAUUUGCAGUCAAGACAUUUGAUUGUUGUGAUGCCGAUUAUUAUGCAUGCUAUUUUCCUUAAAAAGAAUCAAAUAUUUCGGCUGUG